AUGUUGGCUUAUCUCAUCGCAAUUUUCUCUCCUUUUUCUAUUUCUUUCUUUCUUUCUUUCUUUCUUUCUUCUUUUCUAAUUUAUGUAAUCUAUUCUCUUCUUUUCCUAGUUUUCAUCUUGACUCUUAUUUUUUAUUUCUUUUUUCCUUCUUCUUCUCAUUUUUUCUUUCUUUCUUUCUUUCUUUCUUUCUUUCUCACAUUUUCAUUCGUUCUUUUCCACUUUUUCUUUCUUUCUUUCUUCUUCACUUUUCUUUCUUUUUUCUCACUUUCUUUUUCUUUCUUUCUUAAUAUCACCACGUUUUUAUUUCUUAAUAUCUCAAAUGUCUUUCUUUUUCUUUCUUUCCUUCUUUCUUUCUUUCUAUCUUUCUUUUCCUUAUAUUUUUUUUCGUUUAUGCUUCUUUAUUCUUCUAUAUUUACUUGCUUUUUCUUCCCACUAAUUAAACUCUCUCAUUUUCUUUACUUUUUCUUCUCCGAUGAGUCCUUUCUUUAUCUUUAUCUAUUUUCAUUAAACUCUCUCCUUUCCUUUUUUCAUUGUUUAUUCGUUCCUUUUUUCGUUCCUUCCUUCCUUCGCUUAAUUCUUUCUUUCUUAAAUAAUUAUCAUGACUUCCAUUUUACCUUCUCUUUCAAUCGUUACUUGUUUCUCUUUCAUAUUUAA